CAGUGCUUCAGAGCCACUCCACCAGGAAGAUACAAGCACACAGCUUUAUUCUUAUCCUUUGUCCGGCCGGCGGAAAAAGCCUCCCUUUAUCAUAUCACUCUGCUACCUCUCCCUGUCCAUUCUCUCUUCCCCAUAUUUUCCUCUCCCUUCCACUUACUCUUUUUUACUUACCCCUCUCGCUCUCUCUCUGCCUCUCUCUCCCUCCCCUGUCAGUUGUACAGUAAGUUCAUUGAAGUAGACAGAGAGAUGAAAGAGAAGAACCCCUGGCACACGCCUGUGACCAUCAUCAUCACUGUGAUUGGCGUCAUAGCGAUUGUUGCCUUGGUGACGGUAGCAGUUUUGCAGAACAGGCCCCUCCCCCAAAAGUACAAGUAUGGGAUAGUGCUGGACGCCGGCUCCUCCCACACAGCUCUGUACAUCUAUGAGUGGCCAGCUGAGAAGGAUAACAACACUGGAAGAGUUGAACAGACUCAUUCCUGCAAAGUCAAAGGUCCAGGUAUCUCCAGCUAUGCGUCCAAUCCAUUGAAGGCAGGGGAGUCUCUGAGAGAAUGCAUGCAGGAGGCCGAGCAGCGGGUGCCCGGAAAAAGACACCACGAGACCCCUCUUUAUCUGGGUGCUACUGCUGGAAUGAGAUUGCUGAAUAUGGAGAACAGCGUAGCGUCAGACAAGGUAUUUCAGGCUGUGGAGGAAGCCCUGAAAAAGUUCCCCUUUUCCUAUCAGGGAGCGAGAAUACUCAGCGGCCAAGAGGAGGGUUCCUUUGGCUGGGUCACAGUCAACUACUUGGAUGACCGCCUCAAACAGGGUUUGGAAACCACAGGGGCCCUUGACCUUGGUGGCGCCUCCACUCAAAUUAGCUUUGUAUCCGAUAAUUACAAUGGCUCAGAGUCACCCAGAAACUCUGUGACUUUCCGACUCUACGGAAAUGACUAUAACCUGUACACUCACAGCUUCCUGUGUUACGGGAAAGACCAAGCUCUACGAAUGACGCUGGCACACCAGUCUCAAGCAGGUCCAGGAACAGUUUUAGAUCCUUGUUUCCACCCUGGCUACACUGAGACAAAGAACUACUUGGUCCUCUAUGACAGCCCCUGCGUGUCAGACAGGAAACCCCAAGGAGCUCCUGCAACCUUCAAUCACUCAGGGAACGGAAACUUCCUAGAAUGCCAGAAAAACAUCAAAAGUAUCUUCGAUUUCAAUUCCUGCAAAUACAGCCAAUGCUCUUUCAAUGGGGUCUUCCAGCCACUUUUACAAGGGCCAUUUGGGGCAUUCUCUGCUUACUACUUUGUAAUGAACUUCCUCAAUCUGACCAAUACAUCCAUCCCACUUGACACUGUCAAGGAGAAGCUUAAAGACUACUGCGCUACACCUUGGAAUCAGAUAAGGCAGCAGCAUCCGAACAUUAAAUUAAAGUACCUGGCUGAGUACUGUUUCGCUGGCACGUACAUCCUCACCCUGCUGACAGAAGGAUACAACUUCACCUCAGAGAGCUACUCAGACAUAAAAUUCAUCGAAAAGAUAAAAGGGAGUGAUGCAGGCUGGACGCUGGGCUACAUGUUGAAUCUGACCAAUAUGAUUCCAGCUGAGGCUCCUGACUCUCCCCCCCUGCCCCACGCCGGCUAUGUCUCCAUAGUGAGCAUUAUCGCAGUACUGAUCUUCAUCCUCUUCAUCUUCAGCCUGCGCCCUCUCUGGCCCCGCUGUUCCAAACAUCCACAGAUCGUAUAAUCAUAUAUACACAAAGAUGCAUGUAUAUGUGACGGUGAGGAAGGGAAUGUCUGAGUCUGUUGGUGUUGGCUAUUCUAUCAUUUUGUGAAUAUAAUAGUCAACUUUACACUUUGCAGCUUUUGUGGGGAGGUCAAAGUUUCAACAUCUGCUGCACAUCAACAGCCCUGCAGAUCAUGCGGAUAAAAGGACAUUUCAGAAGGACAAAUACUUUUUCUACUCUUUCUAAAGAGGGAAUAUACUUCUUUGGUUAAAGGACAGUUUCUGUGUCUGUGUGUAUGUUUGAAUUUGAAUGUGCGCUUGAAUGUGUGUGCCCACAUCGGUCUGCAUGUAUGUGUCUUGACGUGAAUAUGAUACUGUAUAAAUAAAAUAACCCAGGUUUAUAUAAAAUGUUUAAAUCGCUUGUAAUUUGUAAAUAAAUAUUCAAUAAAAAAAGUUAAAGGUUACAUGAUUUAUUUAACACUUUAUCCAGAAAGCUAAUUGGAUUUUUAUUUUAUUUUUUUAAAUACCAUUAUAAUGUUCUUCUCUUGAUUAAACCCCAUAAUUCUGCAAAAUGACAAUGAAAACAGGCAGCAAAAUGAUCUUUGGAAGACUUUCAUGAGUGUGAAUAAAAUGGAUAAUAAAAACAUGCUCCCUCACC